AUGAUGCAGAAUAAUAACCAGAGACCACAGGAGGGCGGCCAACGGCCUGCGCCUCGACUCUCCGAUGACGAGGGCGUUGACAGGAGCAUCAUUUCGGGAUUUUGGAAAGGUAUUUUUGAUUGCUUUUCUUACUACUACGACUAUGUUGUACCAGAUUCCGCAACGAAGGUAUUUUCUUUUGGAGUAGGCUCGUUUUUCUUACAUACGACCUCCACUAGUAGAAUUACAACCUUUAUGAUCUCACAGGACAAGCAUCUACUAGGACCUGUACUUCUUCUACCUCUACGUUUACUUCACAAGUUAGUACAGGGUUACUAGUGGUUCGACAUCAUUCACGUGAUGAAUUCCAACCACAAACUGCAUCUGGACUUUGUACUUACCCCUCGACUGGGUACAGUACUGCUACUACUACUCGUUCACUCAUUCACUCUCCUCGUCACAGGUACAAAAAGGUGUCUGGGGCAAGGAGGAAUGAAACGCCGCCCGAAACCCUUCGAAGACGUGGAAACAUUGGCCCACGAUUCGACCCGGUUAUAUCAGGUAUUCAACAUGUACAAGUACAGCUACCAAAUCGUCGCUCACACCAGGGAAGUCGUAGGUCCAAUCCGAGCCGACUAUCAUCACCAUCAUCAUCACCAUCAUCAUCACCAUCAUCAUCAUCAUCGUCAUACCAUAACUCUCGUCAAUGAAUUUAGUAUGCUAAAUCAUUUAGGAGGACAUUCGUCAACAUAUUACAUUUGCAUUUACUGGUUUAAAUAUUCUUGUCACCUCCGAGGAUCUUGAGGACUCCACCAGCAUAUGAUUAUGUUUUCAAUUUGAAUAAUCUUGUCACCCCCGACUCGUCCUCACCUGCUCAAUCCGCACGACCACGACAUGCGAUGACCUUCAGGCGCGAAUGUCGUUGCGGCAGCGACUUUUGACAAUGGACGUGGAGAAAUUAAACACGGAGGACUUGGUGGAUCACGUGAAAUUGUGCCAAAAGCUGGAUGCUGAGGUUCGUACAGCCUGGAUCCAUUAUACCACAGUGGAAGCACGAGGCGUACGAGAUCCGAGCAAGCAGGAUUUGACCCUCCUGCAGAGCUUCUUCCGUGGAAUCCAGGAUGUACUUCUACUAAGACUAGUACUUACACAUUUGAUCUAGUAAUCUAGAAAAAUAGUACAACAAAUACUAGGACUAGUUCUCACACAUUUUAUCAACUUGUAGUCUUACACAUUUGAUCUAGUAGUUUAGAAAAAUAGUACAACAAAUACUAAGACUAGUACUUACACAUUUUAUCAACUUGUAGUCUAGAAAAAUAGUACAACAAAUACUAGGACUAGUUCUCACACAUUUGAUCUAGUAGUUUAGAAAAAUAGUACAACAAAAUCAGUUUCAGCUAUACGUAGGUCUUCUACGAAACCUCGGGUACAGAGUAGUGACUUAUAGUUCUUUCAAAGUCACUUAGCUCUUUCAAAGUCACUUGGUUCUUUCAAAGUCACUUACCUCUACUGCAAGUGCAAAGUCAAGAACUACUUUCAGUAUUUUCACUUUCAGUAGUUGUUUCACAUCUAGUAAUUGUAAGAGACGUUGACUGGUGUACUCUUACAAAACGAUCAAGUUGAAUCUCCCUUCCAUGUUACUCUUAGACAAUAGGCAUCCUGACACUCUUAGACAAUAGGCAAAACUUCCUUUCUUCUAUGACAAAUUUUUAUAUCAUCAAAACUUUCAUCUCCUCCGAUAGCGGGAUCUUGUUAAGAGUUUUUUCCCUUUUUCUCAGAGGUGUUCUGCAAAUCUAGAGUGUGCUGCAAAUCUAGAUUUUUUAUAAGGUUGGGGCUUAGGUCCAGCGGCGUUCAGAGCACAUAAGUAAAACAGGCGGCUAGUUUUCCCUCUAUUCGUAGACUUAUCCCUUCAAGCAAUAUAUCACCAAAAUUUUCAACAUCUUCAGGGCACGAUGGAGAAUUACUUUAAGAUGAGGAACCCACAUCGCGGGCACGAGGCCAAUGAGGUAUUUGUUGGGGGUAUUGGCGUAAUAGCUGCGGAAUCGGUGGAAGCGUAUUUCCGAAGUUUUGGCCCUAUCCGCUAUAUCGACACCAAAAAGGACAAGGGCUUCGGAUUUAUCAAAUUUGAGAACAGGGAAAUCAUGGAUGCGGUAUUAAAUUUUCCUAGUUUAGCAAUAAUAGUGUAGAACAACAUAAUAAUGAUUUUAAUACUAAUUGUUUACGAGAUAAGCAAUAAGAGAUACGUUGAAGAAGUGAAUAAUGAUGGUGUGGCUGGUUUUUUCUCCCACCCUCGUGCUACUAGGGCAAUCUCUCGACUCUCCCUAGCGCACUCCCGCCCUAUGGAAGGAUCCAAAUCGAGCUGAUCUUUGCAAGAUAAUGAUCGACUUGAAUUGUUAUCUGUCGUUUCAAUGGUUCCUUUGCUCGGUUGUGAUCCAACCUCGGUCGAAAGUGCGAGAGGCAGAAUGCUCACGCGCUCCUCCUACUUGUGAGAGUUUAUUCUAAAGUACUGCUCAGACACAGCUUCAUUAGGAACGAAGAUUGCUUAGUACCUUAUUUACCUAUAACUGGAUGGCCUUACGGCUCCCUACAGAGAGGUCUUUCUCUUACUAAUUUUCAAGAAAAAAAUGAAUGGACUUUUUCUUACUAAUUUUCGAGAGAGACUCGAGAAGAAAUAGUGUAAAAACUUGAUUUCCUCAACAAAGAGCAACGUCCUACCAGGCUGACAAUUUUGAUUCACUCAAGUACUUAGACUUCGAAUUAUCCUGUGUCUGGGUACACCACUACUACUACAACUACUACCACUACUACUGUCCAGGUUCUGCAGGCGCGAGAGCAUGUGAUCGAGGGAAAGCGCGUUGAGGUGAAAGCGGCAGAAAAUCGCGCACCGGUGAACAAAGAGGCUCGAAGCCCAGACCAGCCUGGUUCGCAGAACCCUGGUUCGCAGAACUCCGGAGUGUGCUCGAAGGGUAGUAGGUUAUCAUCCAGUCCUGCGUCGAAUUAUAACCGAGGAGCGGGUGGAGCUGGUUAUCCAAGAGCAGGCUAUCCUGUUAAGAGCGUCCGUCAAAAUAAUUCAUUUCGAAAGAGGCGAUUUCUCCUUCGUAGUCGAGGAGUACUACUGGGGAUGUCAAUCAAUCAAUCAAUCAAUCAAUCAAUCAAUCCUUCGUAGAACAAUUGGGAGAAAUGUAGUACGCAAGAAAUGAAGAAGGGUUGUGAAAUGUCUAAUCCUGGGAGUUGUGAUACCUUCCUCUCCUCUACGUCCAGUUAUGGAAGUGCUGGAGCUUUCCAGUUAUCGACAGGUAGCGACUACAACUACAACCAGAUGACGAGAGAGAAUAGUGGGGGAAACCACUACUAUGACAACAAUCCUGGAAGCCGUGGGGGAAACUACAACUAUGUUGACAACAAUCCUGGUAAUUCGACCUCCUCUGUGGCCGGUUCUCGCAGGAGGGGGAUGGCUCCUUCAUCCUCUGCGUCGCAGUCCUACGACGACUCGCAUAAUCGAGGACCGAUGGACUACAGGAAUCAGGAGUUGCGACAAGAUUCUCGACAAGAAGAGGACCUUCGUCGGCCGCGAGAUCACGGACAUCCCCGAAGCGAUCAGCAGUACUACAAUCAGAGGGAACCACAUGACAUGGUGAAAGGUAAAGGGGGUCGAGGUGGCCGCUCUUACAGGGGUAAUCAUCCUAACAUGAUUGAGGAUCAUAGAGAGCCUCCUGCUAGUAAUAUCGAUGGCCAUGAUGGCCGCAACUACUCGCCCAUGCCCAGAAAAAGUACCUCGUGGUCAUCUUCCGAACAACAGCGUCGUGAUUUUGGUCGUGUUCCUCCCGAGUUUUUCGACCAAGACUACGAUCGCGGUCCUCCACCUCAGUACCUACCUAACUAUCCGCCUCAGCAUCUACCUGAUUACCAGCAAGAACAUCCCUCCAGCAGUUCCAGUCAGACACGAGGCGGCGGGCAUUACCAGCAAGAACAUCCCUCCAGCAGUUCUAUUAAGGCUCAACUUUCCUUCGUCACCUUUUAGACUGGAGUCACUGACGCGGAAGAGGAGACCCCUUGAGACAACAGGGGAAAACUAAGGGUGGAAAAAGGGGGAAGCUGAAGCUCUGUCAGGGGGAAGCUCUCUCCCUUCAGCAUCAGUGACCACUGACUGCUGGCCUUUAAUUCUAGUCAGACACGAGGUGGACGAAGCUUGGAUUGCAGUCCAACGGCGACACGAGGUGGACGAGGAUUGGACUAUAAUAAUGCGCAGGCAGUACAUGCACAUCAAAAUCCUCAGUAUCCGCCGAACUCUCAGUCUCAGUCACAGAGAGGAGGUGCUCCUCCUCACUCUCAGACAAGGGUUCUCGCGCAUGCACGUGAGGGGCCGCCAGGAAGUCGCAGCGGUGGCGUGUAUUCAGCACCGGGUCUGGAUUCUAGAGAUCGUGGUCAUUACAACAACCGCUCAGACCCGGAUGCUUCUUUCAUUGGAUACGGGAACGACAGUGAGGUGGAGAGGUAUCUAGAGGAGGACACUGCGCGAAGUCGCCCGCAUCUAGAAGAAGCCCACAGUCGGAGCAGAAGGGUGGGCGGAGGCGACGAGAAGGGCGGAAGCUAUCAGACUGGCCGAGGGGAGCCAGCAACGCAUCAGACAACAUCAACAAAUCAGCCUAGCAGAGGGAGACCCUAUCCUCCUCAUGGCGACCCUCCAUCGUAUAAGAGGGGACCAGCGCAACAUCCUCUACCUCCGCAGGACAACAACAACUACCACCCUAGGAGAGCAGACGGUGACACCAGGGUAGAUCUUCAAGGCGAUCCUAGACGAUAUAGAGGACAGCCACGAGACGGCUAUAAUCAUGACGCAGAUUCGCGCAAGAAUUCUGCGGGGUCGUAUUAUUUGAGCGAGCCCACGUACAGCUCCGAUAGUCGGGACGGAAGUGGCGGAAAUUCGAUUAGUGGUCGCCACGAACGUGUUGACCUUCCGUACGCAGGAGCACAGGAGCGUCAGCACCUUCAAGCGGGAGGAGGAGACACCUCCACAGCGACGUCCUCCUCGACCUCCAUGUACAACUUCUACAACCUCCCGCAGCACGAUAUUAUUGGGGGUUCGGGCUCUCGAACGGGCGGUCUUUCUUCCUCCCCUCAAGCUGGGAACUAUAAGGGGAUCAAUACUGCUAUGCACCAGAGCAAUAGUACAUCGGGUGCAGCUGCGGUGGCGCCCCCGGGCCUAUCUGCCCGACGAGGCCUACCAGGUACUGGGUCGUUGUAGUGCUUACUAUAGUUGAUGUUUCUAUAUGAUCAUCUUUAUACCCCACGAUUGGGACACUACUAGUGUACCCACUGUGUAGGGUGUAGUACAGUUACACCACGAUAGGGUGUGAGAGACUCUUCUACGAGAGAAACUGUUGAUGUCUAUGUACAAGCAGUAUUGUACUACUGUUGCAGUGUAGAAGUUAUCGUAGUACUCUUGUCAAACCUGCUAGCCAUGAAAAGGCUAAUCCAGCUGCGAGGCGACGUCGGAACUCUCAACGGGAC